CCCCACCUAAAUACCACGCUUCUUUGUUUUUAGCAGAGUUAUUGGAUAGAGAGAUUGGGAGAGUUGAAUUCCUCUGAUUUUAUUUUGAUGUAGUUAUCGCCAGAUUAACACACAUGACCCAAAAAUUACGUUUCUUUCUUUUCCCACUAAACCACUAUUUUAUUUAUUUUUUGAACUGCACCCAAUGAACCACUAUUUAUGGGGUUCCAUUGUUCAUGCCUCUUUUUUCCUUAACACCACCUUUCCCUCUAUCUGCUGCAAGCCUAUCUUUGUUCUCUCAUCUGCAACUCUGCAAUUUUAGUUAGAUUCUUCUUCAUUAGUCAGUGGUUAAAGAACAGAACCUAAUAGACGUUUUGUUAGGAUAUCUGGUCUGGGAUAUUUCGCUUUCUAGCCUCCUUCUAGGUCCUCUUUUAGGUUUGGACAAAUUCUUAUGGUGGAGCUGUUAGAACAGGAGAGGUUUGAUCAGGAUUUGAAAGGUAUGCAAAACAAUUCCAUGCUUUGUGGGGAUGAUGAGCAGAUGGAAUUGCCUCCAGGAUUUCGAUUCCAUCCAACUGAUGAAGAACUUAUAACCCACUAUCUAUCUCUAAAAGUUCUUGAUAAUAGCUUUUGUGCUAGAGCCAUAGGUGAGGUAGAUUUGAACAAGUGUGAGCCUUGGGAUUUACCUUGGAGGGCCAAAAUGGGUGAAAAAGAAUGGUAUUUUUUCUGUGUUAGAGACAGAAAGUACCCAACUGGUUUAAGAACAAACAGAGCUACUGAUUCUGGUUAUUGGAAAGCCACCGGCAAAGACAAGGAAAUCUACAGGGCUAAAACACUUGUUGGAAUGAAGAAGACACUGGUUUUCUACAAAGGCAGAGCCCCUAAAGGAACAAAGACUAAUUGGGUCAUGCAUGAGUACAGAUUAGAGGGAAAAUACUCUGUUUAUAAUCUCCCCAAGACAGCAAAGAAUGAGUGGGUUAUUUGCAGAGUUUUUCAAAAGAGUUCUGGCGGAAAGAAAACUCAUAUCACAGGUUUGGUGAGGAUAAGUUCAUAUGGGAAUGAGCUAAGGCCAUCAUCGUUAUUGCCUCCAUUGAUGGAUUCUUCACCAUAUAACAGUGAGACAAGGACUUCUGGGGGCGACACGUCUCACGUGACCUGCUUCUCCAAACCAAUGGAGCACCAAAACGCCAUGGAAGACGUGUUUGAUAGCUUCGACAAUCCUCCUUUUCUCUUGACUUGUACAUCUUCUUCCAACAUAUCCCCUGCCUCAAUUCUGUCAUCAAAAACAUCUCUUCCCAACUCCUCCUAUUCGCCUCAAAUUUCACCAAGUUUCUCAAGCUUGCAGUACCCAGAUCCUGCUCUGAUGCCAGAACAGUCCAUCCUGAAGAUGCUGCUUGAAGACCACCGAGCAAACACGAAGCAGAACUCAAAAAUGGAGCUUUCUAUUAGCCCUGAUAUAUCUUCUGUGCUAAUAAACCCUGAACUGAUGCAGAGGUCCUUUGAGCAUCGAGAGGCUCCUCCAAAUUCUGCUGGACCAAUAGACCUGGAUUGUCUAUGGAGUUAUUGAACUUAAAAUUAUAGAAAAUCUAGAAUAUAUCGAAGACCCAAAAGCAAUUAGAGAUUUAGGUAACCAUUGCUGUAAUAUAAGUGUGGUCCGUCUGUGUAUAUAUUCCCUACAUCCGAAUAAUGGGAAUUCUAUAGGCUUUGCAUCAUUGCAUGUACCAUAAGCUAUAAAAUUACCUAUUUUUCCU